CAAUAUUCUGUCUUGCAUUAACUAAAAGGCUUUAAAAAUCCCUUUAUUUACUACACAGGUCUGCAAAAAGAAAUUUUUUUCUAGCUGCAUGGAAUAUUUUUGCUGAAUUAUAUGUUUUAAAGAUCGCAGAUUCUAAAAAUAACUUUUGUUACAUCCCAUGACGUAAAGGUUUUUUUGCAAAAUAGAAACAAAUUUUUGAUAAAAACUCUUAUUUAUUACAAUGAACUAAAUAUAUUAUAUUUUCUUACAACUAAUCAACAAAUUGUUUCUGAUAUUUAUACACAAUUUUAGGUCUACUCUUUUUUCUAAUGAAACCUUUUAUCUUCUUUUUGAUUCUUCUUCAAACUCGUUUCCGAUUUCCUUCUUUGGUUUCUCGAUCGAGCAUCCAACAGUAGUCAGCUAACAUAUUGACAACCCAUUUUCCUCGGUAACAUCUCUCGAUAUCACGGACAUCCUGGUGAAAUCUUUCACCCCGUUCUUCAUUGUAGGCUCCCAAGUUUUUGGGAAAAUAGUCAAUACGGGAGUGUAAGAAAUGCAAAAACUCACUACUCACCACACCUAUACAUCAAACACAAACACUAAAACAAUUUACGGUGUGGAACAAUCGACUAAUCAUAAAAAACAAACGUUUUUGAACCCCUUCUGGGCUCUUCAUCAGGUUUUAGCUCGUAAAAUUCGAUUGACGAAUGUUGUUCAAAUAACUUCGUUCCUGCAAUCGAAUAGUUCUUUUAAAAUUAUACGUUGCGCCUGCCGUUCGAAUUUAACGAAAGCCAUUAACGAAUGAUGUUCAAAUAAGUUCGUUCAUGAGUUCGAACAGUACUUAAAAUUGUCCGUUACGCAUGCGUGACGUGUCCUCCUUCUCGGAUAUAAUGAGCAGUUAAAGCACGCCGUGUAUCAACUCUUGCCAGGCCAUCGACAAAAGCAUCUCCUCUUUAAAAUUUAUGCACGUGGUUUCGAUAGAGGAUUUAAAGAUGUGCAUCGCCUCUAACCAUUUGAGAUGAUCAUUGGGAGGCGCACUGAGGAGGAGAUUGGCCCUAGUAGAGUCAGCAACUAUGCCCAGGGGACCUAUUCUGAGUAGUAGCGUUAAGCUAACGGAUACGAUAAAAACCAGUUUCUAUCAGAACCACGUGACUCGUGUUUAAUCAACCGUGAAAAUGCUAUUCUGAGCCGUAUGUUUCGUUUUCGGUCACGAUAGCCACGUGUGAUAACUAAGCUUUUGUUAUCGGUCACUGUCAACGUUAGGAACGUAACGAAAGUCUAAACAACAUGGCGUCGUUCGGUGUGAGAAUGAUAUUACUUCGUGAACAAUUGGAGAGAGAAGAAAUUAGAAUUCGACAUCGCGAAUCUCAAUUUAAUCUUCGAGCUGAUGCUUUUCGGCUGAACGAUACACGAUUUAAACAACUUUAUCGUCUUCCGAAACCAUUAGUUAUAUAUGUAUGUAAUGCAUUACGAGAUACGCUAGAGCCAAAGUGUUUUAAGAAAAAUGCUCUAUCUGCAGAAAUAAAAGUAUUAUGUGCUCUUCGAUUUUUUGCUUCUGGUUCUUAUCAGAUGCCAGUAGCACAAGACAGCACUUUAGAAAUUAGCCAGCCAUCAGUGAGCCGUUGCAUAACAGCAGUAAGCAAGGCAAUAAACAUCAUCCUUCUUCAUCACUGGAUAAAAUUUCCAACUUCUGAAACUGAGAUGGCAUUGGUCAAACAAAAAUUUAUGAGUUUAGGUGGCUUUCCGGGAGUGAUAGGUGCUAUUGAUGGAACUCACAUUCCUAUAAUUGCACCAUCACUUAAUGAUCCCGAUCAUAAGGAAUUUACGUAUAUCAAUCGAAAGGGAUAUCAUUCCAUAAAUACCCAAAUAGUGUGUGAUCCCGACAUGAAAAUAAUUAGCGUUAACGCAAAAUUUCCUGGAUCAACACAUGAUUCAUUUAUAUGGAAAAGCUGCAACUUAAGACGAGCUUUUAUAGAGGGAAGAAUUCAAACAAAUAAUAAUGCUUGGUUAAUAGGUGAUAGUGGCUAUCCAAUGGAACCAUGGCUUCUGACACCUAUAUUAGAUGCUCAGCAACAAAAUGAGCAAAAGUAUAAUAGCAGUUUAAUAUCAACAAGAAUUAUUGUAGAAAGAUGUAAUGGACUUCUAAAGUCCCGAUUCAGAUGUUUGCACAAGCACAGGGUGUUAAAUUAUUCACCUUAUAAGGCUGGACUAAUAAUUAAUGCCUGUGCUGUUUUACAUAAUAUGUGCAUAGUUCAUAAAAUUUCUCUCGAUGAGAAUAUAGAGCUAUAUGAUGGAAUGAUGGGAGAAAUGGAACACACAGUAUCCAGACUUGGAGAUGAUGUUUCUCUUGGCAACAAAGGCAGAGAAAUUCAAAAACGACUCCUCAGGAGUCAUUUCAUGUAGAUAUGUAAAUAAAAAAACAACUUUACACUGUAUAAUACUGAAUUACACUGUAUAAUAGCUGUAUAAUUAUAAUUAUUUACAAUAAAUAAAAAAUUAUAUAAU